UGGAGAGAUGCGCAAAUUGGAAAAUGGUUGGCCUUGAGCUUCUUACAAUCAAUGAUAUUGUGACGGACUCUCCACAUACCAAACUUCUUGUUUCCGCAAUAUCUGAAAAUGCAAGCAAGGCAGGCGAUUAUGUCAGGCAACUACGCGAAGGCUUUCAAGCUGUCAGCCAACUUGAAGUACAGCUUGCUAACGCCUAUCGAGACCUUUCCACACUCUUAAGAGAUAUCAUUUCCCAGAAAUCUACCUUUUGUUCGGAUGAAGAAAUAAGACAGCUGGGAUUCCAGUUUUCUAGUUUUUUGGAUGAGCUCGGCUUGUUGCAUGGGAGUUAUGGCAACGAGCUUCAUAGGAAUCUAGUUGACAAACUUCAAGAGUAUAUUUCCGAUGUCUUUGACAGACUCCCGAAAGAAUAUAAUGACGUAGAAAACUGUGAAAAGCUGCGCGAACAAGCUUAUCAGAAUUUUAUGAAACUCCCCAAGAAAUGUACUCCGAAAAUUCAUCAAAAUUCCGUAUUGGAAGUCACAUCUGCUCGUCGAAAAUUUGCAUGCAUGGCUGCACGUUAUUAUGGUCAUCUGAAUGAAGCUGAACAGAUUCGUGAUCUCGCACCACUUAUGUCGAUUAGAAACUUUAUAGCAGGGCAGAAGAACCACAUACACACUUCAUACAAUUUAUUUAGCCAAGAUAUUGUACAUUCACUCAUCGAAACAGCUGAAAGAUCCUUACAAAAAUAUGUAGUUUCAUUUGAUGAUGUGAAACGGAAGUCUGUAGUGAACCUCAAUUCAGUUGAACAUAAAUCGCUUAGUUAUUUUUGUCCCGAACCGUGGAUUUUAAAUAUAACGCCUAAUCAAGAUUUCAAUGCUCAAAUUGACCCACGGGAACCGAAUCGUAAACUGUUAACAAAAUCUGGUUGCUUAUUAAUGCGUACUCGUGUCAAUUUGGGAUGGAGAUGGAUAGAAGUUUACUGUCUAACACAGAAUGGUAAUCUUAUGUAUCAACAGUAUGGAGAUAUCGCUGCCAGUUUAUUAUUCGAUUUAAAUCAAAAAGGAGUCUAUACUGAAGCUACAGAUGUUGAUGAUCGACGAAAUGUAUUCCAGGUUGUAUCACCUACAGAACGAAAGACGAUACUUUUUCAAGCAGAAAGUGAAACUGAACGAGAUGAGUGGAUUAUCACUAUUAUGAAUAUGAUUUUUCGCACAAAUCGUGUAGAAGACUUGUCAGUUACACAAUGCCCCACGAAACCACAAGAUACCAAGAAAAAUGACAUAACCUAUCCAGGUGUUGGUGGUCUAAUGGAUUAUGUAAAUCCUGUUGAACACGAUCUCACAUACAUCGAUUGGUUUUCCAAUUACCUACCUCAGAUACAUUUUGAUUUAAAUCCAGUCACUGAAUUGACUAGUUUAUUAGAUACUGAAUUGCAUAUACUCAGUGAAGAAGACAAUAAUAACAAUGAUGAAAAGGUAACAAGCAUUGAAAAUGACAUUAAUCAGAUAACGGUCACUUUGACUGAUGAAAAUAAUCAAAACAUUGAAGAAAAUAAUACAAGUCAAACAAAUAGUGAUCAUUUGAUUCCGCAUAAACCGAUUAAUAUCAAUAUGCUAUCUAAUAAUAUGUUUCCGUGCCAGUUUUUGGGUGCUGUUGAUCUUCCAAUGGAUCAUUUUCCACCUAAUCAAUUGAAUGAUAUUUUCACCUACGUUUUGUCCUGUCGUUCAGCGUUUGAUUCACCUUUACCUAUUCCUUGUAAUAUUACAAUUACAACAAGUGAUCUUUGGGUUUUAACUAACCAGCAGAUGAAUAAUUAUGAUAAUGAAUUCAAAGAUAAAAAAGUAGACAAUGAAAAGUGGAAUGUUUCAAUUCGAAUACCAUUUCGAUCUAUCAGAUCAUGGAAUAAUCAUCCAGAUAAUCACAAACUUGGAUGCUUGGUAGUUCAAGGGCCACUCAAUGAUGUUGAAACCUUUUCCAACAACAAUGGAUGUGUAGGUUUCACAUUUGAAUCAGAAGUUACUCAGUCAAUAACUGAGCGCCUUUUAGCAGCUGAAUUUAAUCGAUUGGAUAAGUUAGAACACAAUGAAAAGAAUCAAUUGGAACGUUGCCUGUUAACUUCGAGUAUAGCGCAAAUUUCAAACAAUACAUUUCCUGAAAUCAGGGGGUCAUUAAAUGCUGAUGUUGAAAAUGCUUUUUCAACUAAUCCAGAAAUAGUUGAUCGUCCAGGUCCAUGAAGAGAUUAAACUGUGAUUUAAUGUGAUUUUUGUUUAUUUUUAAAAACUGGCAUGCUUUACAUUGUGCUGUAAACAAGGAUAUAUGAUUCCAUUGGUUUCAGCAGUAAUUGUCCUAAAGAUACUUCAUCUUCUUUCUUUCCUUAUAUACUUUAUUUUGAAAAUAAUAUUUGACAACAAUCA